AUGGAUCGAACAAUUCUUUUGAUGAAAACCACCGCGCAGGGAGUUCCGUACCCUUCGCGCGUUGAAUUUUGUGGAGAUUCUUACUCAUCACGAAGAAGGGAAUGGACUGAUGUAAGAAUUGUGAGAAGACUGCAAGGAUCGCGUCACCAAGAGAGGCUUGCUGCUCGUAAUCAUUUCAGAGCGAUGCGUGAUAGUCAGCGAGCGGGCGGAAGCAAGCCUACCCCCCUAUUCAGGCUUGCAAUGGAUAACCUAAGGGAUGUGGAGCUUGUAGAGGAGUGUAUCAGGGAUUGUGAUACUCCAGAAUAUCUUACUUGUCCAUUGUUGGGCGAGCUUAUGAUUGACCCGGUGACAAUUGCCACGGGGAAGACAUUUGACCGACAGUACCUCAAGGAUUGGUUUGAGAAGAACGGGCAUAUCUGUCCUGUGACCGGCCAGCCUGUUUCAGGUGCCAUUGUCCGAAACGAGCGUAUCCAAGGGUAUUUGUACGAGUGGGAAGAAUCCAAGAUGGAGCGGAUCACCAAGAUCAUUACAGUCUCUUGUGCCUAA